AUGGCCGACAAUCACACGAAUUUGACUUGGAAUUGUACUCACUUCCACCGGAUGUGCGGGGUACAGAGUCGCGAUCGUCCCCCCUGCAAGUCAUGCAAUGCGCGUCGCGUCAAGUGCGAUGUCUCGGAAUCACAGCCUUGUUGGCAUUGCAGGGUGAGGGAGCAGCCUUGUGAGCUGAUUGAAUCACGGAGAGGCAGAUAUCAAAGAGUUCGGAAUAAGGGUGCUGGCGCUCGCAGACGUUCAGAAGCCACAAGCAUUGCAGAAUCAACCAUCGCACCCAGUCAGGAUGCCAGCACAAUCAUGUCGCUUCAGGAAGACCAUACGCGAAUGAGUGUCGACUCCCUACUGUCGGCCAAUCCAGCUGCUCCACAGCACAUGCCCUCACUGGCCUCGAUUGAGGAGUCAGCCAUCGGCAUAGACACGUGUAGCUCGGUGGACGGGCCCGAGAUGCUAUUUGCCCGGAUGACUGAAGUCCAGCCAGCUGAAGACAGGACUCCAGAUAUUCGCGAACAGUCGAGGACACUCUACCUUGGCGAGACCUUUUCUCUGGCAUUUGUGGUGAAGACCGUCUGCCAUCCAUCUCAGACUGGCAGUGAAGUCAGGAACCAUUAUCCCAUACCACUGUCGGUCGCUGACAGACUGGACCGUCGAGAUGACCCUGCAAAGUCCUUCCUCCAGCACGAAGACGUUUUUUUGCAAGCUCAAGGCGCUUUCACGACUCUUCCCAAAGCCCUCAGUGAUGAGCUGGUCGCUGUCUUCUUCAGAUACUUUCAUCCGGCCUGGCCAGUUUUUGACCGCCGGCAUUUCGCCGCAUUGUACGAGCGUGAUCAGGCAUCUUUGUUGGCGUUGCAAACGAUCUAUUUCAUUGCCUUUAGCAUCUGUGAUGAGAACCUCCUCCAUCGAGCUGGGUUCUUUGACAGGUAUCAGGCGAGGCGAGUUUUCUAUUUGAGGGCAAAAGGACUGUAUGAUGCAGACUACGAAAAGAAUAAAGUUAUUCUUGCAGCUGUCUUGUUCCUCCUGGGCUUCUGGUGGCUGGGGCCAGAAGACCAGAAGGAUACCUGGUACUGGCUUGGAUGUGCUGUUAGCCUGGCACAGACAUUGGGGAUGCAUCGAUCGACAGCCCAGGGCGGCAUGGACCCACGACAACGAUCGCUGUGGAAGAGGAUAUUCUGGUGCAUCUAUACUCGAGAUCGACACGCUGCUGCAGCACUGGGUCGGCCUUUCCGUAUCAAUGACGACGAUUGCGAUGUCGAGGAGCUGUGUGAAGCGGACUUUGAAUUGGACAUUGCCUCUGAGUCUCCUAUCAUGGCAACGCAGAAGAGCUAUCAUGUUCAGUAUCAGAUAGCAAUCACAAAGCUGGCGGGCUCUUUUGGAAGAAUCAUGUCGACCAGAUAUCGGCCACACGGCUCCAAUACCCAGGCCGGGAUCAAGUCCAUUGGCGAUGAGUUGGCUCGGUGGAAAGCAGCCUUGCCUCGAGAGAUGCUGCUUCAGGACAUCGAUCGUGAUGGAGCAGGAUUUUGGUCAAGCAUGCUGCAUGCCAAUUUCUAUACUUGUCAGAUUCUUUUGUUUCGGCCCAGUCGUGUUAUAGUCGAAACAGACCAGGAAAUCCAAAAUGAUCGGAUUGCCCGCGCUGCAGCAGAUGGGAUGACGCGAAUCGCUGAGGAUUUGCUGACAUCGGGGAUGCUGAGACAAGCCCAGGUGCACAUGGCUCCUGCAUUAUUUGCAGCCUGUGGAAUGCACGCAAUAGUCAUCCGGCGGAAGUGUGCCAUCCAAAGUCAGGUUGCGGAAAAUCGGGCCCGUCAAUGCAUGCUGGCCUUGAGUGAACUGGCAAAAUCGUGGCCAGUAGCGAAUUGGAUUCUGCGUCUCUUCAUCAGCUUGAUGACUCGACUCACUGGCCAUGAUUUCAAAGACAUUCAUCCAAACAAUGCCGUUGAUGGUCUUGAGUUGGGCCCACACCAGGAAGGAUAUCCCAAUGACCCGUCUGAACAUUCGAUCGAGGUUGGACACACGCUGCCGCAAAUGGCAGACACGGGGAACCCCUGGCAUGAGGAUCUCGGACCGGAAGACCUGAAUUGGAUCUUCCAAGAUUCUUUGGGCGACUUUAGCCUGUAUGAUCUCAGUCUGCAGAAUGAAGCCGGCAGUACUGCGUUCUGA